UAAGUUCACUGUGGGAACAUUUACUCAGUGAAAUAAUUUUUCUUGACAAGCGACGGAAAUUGAAAGCAAUGAUGUACAAAUUUAGAUGUAAUAAUCAAGAUUUAUGCUUGAGUGAUUUCCAGCAUGUUUUAACACAUUAACGUUUGAUACCAUCUGUAUUUACCGUUAAUUAAGAUCAGGGACGGUUUUGUUGACGUGGGAAGUGGUAUAAAGUAUCUGGAAUCCGCUGAGGAAUCAAGUUCAACAUAAAUCAGGAUGAGGAACUUCCUGAUAUGGAGUAUAUUAACACUUUUUAAAUCAAUAACAGGUCAAAUGCUUCCUCCAUUCUUCUUUCCUCCAAGCUUUGUUCGUCACGAAUUUCCGGAAGGAAUAAAUAUACCUGGUGUGGACCCAUCUUGCCCUCCACCUAUGCAUUGUCGUCUUAUCCGAGACCCAGAUUGUAUACAACCUCAGUUUACCAUGAUUAAUGGACGGAGAUGUCCGAUUUGUCCGAGGAACAGUUGUACUGAUCCACCUACCCCUACAAGACAGAGGGAGGAAAAUAUAGCUACUUCGAACACUGUAAGUGAUGGCAACGUGAUAGAAAAUACUGAUCAAAGGACAACAGAACAGAAUAGGAGAUCUUCAAGUUCAACUUCGUCAUCAACACGUGUUGUAAUUGGAAAUGAGCGAGGAGUACUUAUACGAGUUGAUUCUCCCCCAUCCCGUCGACGUCCUGCAUCUAGUUCUCGAAGGAAUCCGCAACGACCUACUUCUCGAAGGCCCCCAGGACCCCCUUCUUCUCGAAGCCCUCCCGGACGUCCUCGCCGUAAACCCUCUAGAGGUCCUCGUCGUAGACCCUCUAAAGGACCACAGAAACCAAACAAUGCACCACCAAAUUCUCAAAAGCAGCUUCCUCAGGUUGAAAACCAGAAGGAUGCUCAUACUCUUUUCCCAUUUGAUAUUCUUGGUGACAACAAAAUAAGUGAAACGAAAAAACAAAAUGAACAAAAGAAUUCAAAUCCUAUUCCGAAAAGCAACGUUCUUGAAAAGUCGGAUGCAGUAAAGCCUGAAAGUACACCAGUUCCUUCACAUGGAAAGCGAACUGAGAGGCAAACAAGACCUUCUAUCCGUUUGAUUUUCCAAGGUCCCCCUUCAGAAAGAAAUGAACAAUCUAACCAAAACCAGCGAAACACACAAUUACCAAACCGUGUGGCACCUUCUGGAAACAAUGUCUUAACAAAUAGAAUGCCUCUUAUAAGGUUCCCUUUCCCUUUUCUAGGUAUACAAGGGUCUCCUUUUACAAGAGUUGUGCAGCGAGGCUCACAAGGUAGACAAAAUAACAACAGAGAAACUGGUCAUGCAAAUAGCAACGGACAACCGUCGAAUCAACACGCUCAUGUUAUCCAUGGUAUGCAUCCCUUGAUGCAAAUAGCUCUCUUAAAUCGAGCAAGAUUUAUGAACCAAAAUGCUGCAAUUCGUCCUUCUAGCACAGCUGCUCCAGAUGCUUCGUCAAACAAUGCUGCACAACCUACGCCUUCGAGAAAUAAUAAUAUCCAAAAUUUUUUACCUCCAUUCCAUUUAUUCAAUCCCGCACUAAAUCAGAAUGCUGCAAAUAGAUUGACAAACAAUGUUCAACCUAACCAGGUCUCCAAUACAAAUUCUGAGCCAUCGGUCCAGACAGUUAGUCCUGAUCAACAAGCAGAGAUAAACAGGUGGUUAGAGCAAAUGGCAAUGCCUAUUCAACAGUCCCUAGGCGAACCAAAUGCACAGCCAAGCAGUCAAACACAGCCACAAGUAAACCAGAACCAAUGGUUGAACCAAAUGGCACAACAAGUUCAGCAGAUGUUAGGAAAUGGUCAGCCACCGAAUCAACAGACACCGCAAAUGCCGGCUGCUGUCCAAGCUCAGUUUCAACAACGAUUGCAACAGAUGGCACUUCAACAACAACAGCUUCUAGCUGCUAGGCAAUCAGCAAAUCAGGUGACUUCACAGGGCAUGCCAUCCAAUCGGAUACCGCCUCAGAUGCCGAACUUUAAUCCACUUCAGAACUCUGCCUUAAGAGGGACAAUCACAGCUGGACCAAAUGUCGCAAACCAGCCAGUGACACCACAAAACAAUGUCGGUGGGACCAAUGCUCAAUUUACCCAGUGGUUAGAGAAUGCUUCCCAGCAAAUCUGGGAACAAUUAAGUGGUGGUACGAAUUUCAGGUCACAACCAAACCCUAGUCCCCAAGUAGUGGUAAAUCCACAACAAACUGUAAACAAUUCGCCUCCACCAAAUGGAGGAGUUAACCAAUUAACUGUUGACAAUUGGUUAAAUAGUAUGGUACAGCCAAUCCAACAAGAACUCGGUGGAACUCCUGGUAACAACCAGGAGGCGCCCCCUGGAGGAAAUGACUUAGCUGGAAGUACUUGGUUCAAUAAUAUGUUAAAUCCAAUACAACAGGGUUUGGGAGGAGUUUAGUUCCCGAAAAAUCAUUUCGAACUUUCAGCAACAACCGAAACAGUUGAGUAAUCACAUUAUUCAUGUAACCAUGUAUAUUGUUAUGAUAGUAAAUUUAAACUUAUAUAUGAUAUUGCGAUAACAAUGAAUAUUUCGAAAUGUCUCACAAGUUCUUUUUUUAAAUAAGUUUGUAUAAUUGCACAGAGCUGUGAAAAAUCUCAAAGUGAUCUGACCGUCCAUAGUUAUAUGUACUAUUUAGUUCAUUGUAAUGUCAUGUUUAACAUGUAUCCAGGUUUUUACUUACGCUGUUACGAUUAUUGUUUGACUACCAUUUUCUGUACAUAGUUGUUUUAAAAUAAUUUAUAUGGGGUUGUUACAAAUUAAAUAAUUUUGAAAAUCAA